AAUUCUCGUUAGUGACCUUCACGAUCUCUUUCUCUCUCCUAUAACUCGGAUCACCACAUGACUUCAUCUCCUCCUCCUUCCCGUUAACACAAACCAAAAAAUCUCUAAACUUUGUUCCGUUCUCUUCUCUCUUUGAUUAGAUCGAUCACAUUUGCAGAAUUCUCGAAGUAUCUUCUUCUUCUGGAGCUGUAUAUCUGGUUCCAGAGAGACAUGGACCACAACAACAAGAAGAAUGAAGGAGGAGAGGACGGAAACACGUCCAAAACGGCGUCGUCUCAUCCUCACGAUGGCACGGACGACGAGGGUGUUGGAUCCGUGGGGAGACAGAUGAGCGAGUCUUCUCUUUGUGUUACAGAGGAAGAAGAAGAAGACGAUUCCAAAUUACAAUUGGGUCCUCAAUACACUAUCAAAGAGCAUCUCGAGAAGGACAAAGAUGAUGAGAGUUUGAGGAAGUGGAAGGAACAGCUUCUUGGUAGUGUUGAUGUCACAAACAUUGGAGAGACUCUUGACCCUGAAGUGAGGAUCCUUAGCCUGGCUAUCUUAUCUCCUGGAAGACCAGACAUUGUUCUUAUGGUACCUGAGAAUGGUAACCCAAAGGGAAUGUGGUUUACUUUGAAAGAAGGGAGCAAGUACAGCUUGAAGUUCACGUUUCAAGUUAACAACAACAUUGUCUCUGGUCUUAGGUACACCAAUACUGUUUGGAAGACUGGUGUUAAAGUGGACAGAGGAAAGGAAAUGCUUGGAACAUUUAGUCCUCAGCUGGAGCCAUACAACCAUGUGAUGCCUGAAGAGACAACUCCUUCUGGCAUGUUUGCUCGUGGAUCAUAUUCUGCAAGAACUAAGUUUCUUGAUGAUGAUAACAAGUGCUACUUGGAGAUCAAUUACAGCUUCGACAUCCGUAAAGAGUGGCCUGCGGUUUGAAAGUGGAACUCAAUUCUCCUGAGAUGAAGUGUUGGGCAGUAGAAGUUGUGUUUGUUGCACUCCCUUUUUCACAUUGAGCAUGUUAUUGUGGAUUGUUUACCAAUCAUCGUAGAACAAGAAAGACAGAUAGUUCCUUCAUCUUUGAUCUUGAUUUUUAGUAAUGCCGUUGGAAAUCAGUAUGUGUGUUUGUUCUCAAGUUUGUUUCUCCUUCCUCUUCUUUAACAUGUGUUUGAUAUGAUUGUGUUGGAUUUUGAGAUGUAAAAUGACUAAUUGUCUUAGUCAAAAGCUGAAGAGAUGAGAGUUUUGAAUAUCUUAUGAAGUCUCAUGUAUCAUCUGCUUUACGAGUUGUGUAUUUUUUUUUUUUGUUAUGAAG